UGCUCGAGCAGCAGCCGGUCCAGACUUCGGAUCGGGGGGUCCAGCUCCUCCCGCCCCAGGAUCCGACAGGCUGAGACCCCGCCGCCGCCCCUCUGGGGACCACGGAGAGCCCUCCAUGGCUGAGAUCAUGAUGAAGAAGGGGCUCCCCCUGGCUGGCCGGACCCUGGGGGAGUUCCCAGUAUCCCCUCUUCGCUUUGUAUCAGCAUCGGGGGGCUGCCAGAGGAAACUGGACCGCUUCAGGAGAGGAGACAAGACUUGCAGCUCUGACGGGACCAUUACAUCUGGUGUUAUCCCAAAAUCCUUUGCCAGUCCCAGACCUGCUCACCCAGGGUGCUGGUCUCCUGUGCUGGGGCAAGGGGCUGGCUCUCUGCUCUGGACACCACAGCUGGACCACGUCCUGUCCCUCUUCCUGGUCCGCUCCGUGGGCCCCUGGCGCUUCUACCAUCACAACUCUCCUGCAGUGGGCAGGCUGACAGCUGAAGAUGUGCAAAAGGCCAGAGACACCAAGGUGCCACCCAUCCAGCCCUACAGACAUAUGCUCAGUGACAAAUCCUGUGAGCGGAAGGUCCCCGCGACUCGGCUCGGCAGGCUGGCCAGCUUUGGGGGCUUAGCCGUGAGCGUCGGGAUUGGGAUCCUGGUGGAAGCUGCCAAGAAAUCCUUCCAGGCAGAAACAGUUGUGAAAGGUGAGCCAUCACCCUCCAGCUCAGGUGCCCUCCUGUCUGAAGCCAAUGCAGAGAGAAUCGUCCGGACCCUGUGCAAGGUGCGGGGCGCGGCCCUGAAACUCGGCCAGAUGCUGAGCAUCCAAGAUGAUGCUCUUAUUAACCCUUCGCUCCAGAAGAUCUUUGAGAGGGUCAGGCACAGCGCUGACUUCAUGCCCACUAAGCAAAUGAUGGGGGUGCUGAACAGCGAGCUGGGCCCAGAGUGGCGCAGGCGGCUGGCCUGGUUCGAGGAGCGCCCCUUCGCUGCUGCUUCCAUUGGGCAGGUGCAUCUGGCGCAGCUGCUGGAUGGGCGCAAUGUGGCCAUGAAGAUCCAGUACCCAGGCAUCGCCCAGAGCAUCAACAGUGACGUCCGGAACCUCAUCUCCCUACUGAGUCUGAGCAACGCGCUGCCUGAAGGGCUUUUUCCUGAACAUGCUAUCGAGGUGAUGAGCCGUGAGCUGGCCUUGGAGUGCGACUACAAGCGGGAGGCUGCCUGUGCCACGAGAUUUCAGCAGCUGUUGCAGGGUGACCCGGUGUUCUAUGUCCCAUCAGUGAUCAGUGAGCUGAGCACCCAGCGGGUGCUGACCAUGGAGUUGGUGCCCGGCUUCCCCCUUGACCAGGCCCAGGGGCUGGACCAGGAGACACGCAACAGGAUCUGCUCCAGUAUCCUGGAUCUGUGCGUGCGGGAGCUCUUCCAUUUCCGCUACAUGCAAACCGACCCCAACUGGUCCAACUUCUUCUAUGAGCCACACAGCGGCAAGGUGGCGCUGCUGGAUUUCGGAGCCACCCGCAGCUUUGACAAGGCCUUUACGGAUCAGUACAUUGAGAUCAUUAAGGCUGCGGCUGAGGGCGACCGGGCUGGGGUGCUGCAGGGAUCCAUUGCGCUUCGGUUCCUCACCGGCUAUGAGACUCAGGCAAUGAAGGAUGCCCAUGUAGACGCCGUGAUGAUCCUGGGCGAGGCCUUUGCUUCUGAUGGCCCCUUCGACUUUGGGGCCCAGAACACGACACACCGGAUUCACACCCUGCUGCCCAUUAUGCUGCAACACCGCCUAACACCGCCCCCCGAGGAAACCUACUCCCUCCACCGCAAGAUGGCCGGCUCCUUCCUCAUCUGUGCCCGGCUUGGUGCCCGCAUCCCCUGCCGGCCCAUCUUCCGCCAGGCCUACGCCCGCUACUGGGGCCGGGAGGGCUGAGACUGCAGAAUGUCGGUGGUGUCCUGGUAGGGUGGGGGGCCCCAGCAGACAUUUUGGGGUGUGGCACCUGGGAGCUUACAGAUGCCAUCGUGGAGAAUACAUUGGGAGCCCCUGCACCUUUGAAUGACUGGAGUUUCAAGGAACCUUUCUGGGCUGGGCUAAAGGGAUUUUUGAAGGAGACUUCAUGGAAUGAUGGGAAUUUCAAGGGAGCCCUCAGGUUUGUGACAGUUUCAAGGGGGCUCUCAGAGACUGGAGAAUUUCAGAGAGGCCCUCAUAGAAGGAUGGGACUGGAAAUUUCUAGGGACCCUUAUGGGUAGGUUUCAGGUGAGUUUUGAGGGAGCCCUCAUAGAAUGAGAGGCAUUUUGAAGGAUCCCUCAUGGAAUAAGAGGAGUUUCAAGGGAGCCCUCAGGGAUGUGGGAGUUUCAAGGGUCCCUUAUUAGGAAGUCUUAUAUGAGUUUCAAGGGAGCUUUUACAGGAUGAUGAGAUUUUUGAGGAAGCCUUUAAGACCGGGAACGCCUAACAGAGGGAACCGGGGAAGGGGUGAUUGGGUAACUGUCAUGGACUUGAGGAAAGGUGGGGGGGUUCCUCUUUCCCACCCUGGUCAUGCUGGUGAAUUCUACACUGGGGAGCCCAAGGCCUGUCGCCCACUGUAACCCUUCCCCCCACCAUGAGUCUGCCUUCUAUCCAUCUCUGCACCCAACUGGGAUCCCCCACCCAGAAACAGGCCCUGCGGCUCCAUGGGGAACCCUCCACUUCAUGCUGGCAUCAGAGGCAGAGCAAAGGAGUUGAUGUCUUGACCCUCCCACAGCAGGGGAGAGACUCCAUCUGUUUCCCCAUCUGCACGUAUCUCCCCACCCAGUGUAGCCCAUUGCAUUGUGGUGUAUGCCUGUCUUCCCCUAGGGCCAGCACCCGGCGUUACAGCCCAUGCAAACUACAGGGUGCGUGCGCGUGUCCUCACCCAGAGCCUGAGCCAGGCAUUACAUGCACUUUACUGUUUGGAUAUCUUCCUCUAGGGGCAGCACCAGGCUGGGUGUUUGUGCAUGUGUGCAUUUCCAAGUAGGGGCUCAGACAGGCGUUGCAGCCCAUGUACAUUGCUGUACGCUAUCUCCGCCUAGUGGGAGAACCAGGCACUGCAGCCCAUAUACAUUGCAGUGUGUGUAUGUCUCCCCCUACCAGGCAUUGUAGUCUGGGCACAUUGCAGUGUGUGUCUCCCCCUAGGUGUAACUCUAGGUAAUGCAGCACAUGUGCAUUGCAGUCUGGGUGUCUUCCCAAAGAGGCAACUCUGAGGAUUGUAAUCCAAAUGCAGC